CGGUGCAGGAGCAGAGUUUGCAAUCUUUCUGAUUAAGCUGGUCGAGUAACUAUUCGGGUCAUGGCAUCAAACUCAACUAAGUCUUUCUUGGCAGAUGCGGGCUAUGGCGAACAGGAACUGGAUGCUAACUCUGCUCUUAUGGAAUUGGACAAAGGUCUAAGAUCUGGCAAACUUGGUGAGCAGUGUGAAGCAGUUGUUCGCUUUCCCAGGCUUUUUCAGAAGUAUCCAUUCCCUAUUCUCAUCAACUCUGCAUUCCUGAAGUUAGCUGAUGUUUUCAGAGUUGGAAACAAUUUCCUGAGACUGUGUGUUCUUAAAGUUACCCAACAAAGUGAGAAGCAUUUGGAGAAGAUUCUAAAUGUGGAUGAAUUUGUGAAGAGGAUUUUCUCUGUGAUUCAUAGUAAUGAUCCUGUGGCAAGAGCCAUCACACUCCGGAUGUUGGGAAGCCUGGCAUCAAUAAUUCCUGAGAGGAAGAAUGCGCAUCAUAGUAUUCGUCAGAGUUUGGACUCACACGAUAAUGUAGAAGUGGAAGCUGCUGUUUUUGCUGCUGCAAACUUCUCAGCACAGUCAAAGGAUUUUGCUGUAGGAAUCUGUAACAAAAUCAGUGAAAUGAUUCAAGGUUUAGCUACACCAGUGGACUUGAAGCUGAAGUUGAUCCCCAUCCUUCAGCACAUGCAUCAUGAUGCGAUCUUGGCCUCCAGUGCUCGUCAGCUUUUACAGCAGCUCGUCACAUCCUAUCCUUCCACCAAAAUGGUGAUUGUUUCUUUGCACACUUUCACCCUGCUUGCAGCUUCAUCUUUGGUUGAUACGCCUAAGCAGAUUCAGCUUCUGUUGCAGUACUUGAAAAAUGAUCCCAGGAAAGCAGUAAAGAGACUUGCUAUUCAAGAUCUGAAAUUACUUGCCAGUAAAACACCGCACACUUGGAGUAGGGAGAAUAUUCAGGCACUCUGUGAAUGUGCCCUCCAGACUCCUUAUGACAGCUUAAAACUAGGGAUGUUGUCUGUCCUUUCUACACUAUCAGGGACCAUCGCCAUCAAACAUUACUUCAGCAUAGCUCCAGGAGAUGCAGGUAUGUCCCCGAGAUCCUCUGAUUUGGUCAAAUUAGCCCAAGAGUGCUGUUACCAUAAUAACAGAGGAAUUGCAGCUCAUGGAGUGAGAGUUCUAACUAACAUAACCGUCUCUUGUCAAGAAAAAGAUCUUUUGGCACUGGAGCAAGAUGCUGUCUUUGGCCUGGAAUCCCUUCUGGUGCUUUGUAGUCAAGAUGAUAGUCCAGGUGCUCAAGCUACUUUAAAGAUUGCUCUAAAUUGUAUGGUAAAGUUGGCCAAGGGCCGGCCCCAUCUUAGCCAGUCAGUGGUUGAAACCUUGCUGACGCAGUUGCAUACUGCUCAGGAUGCUGCCAGGAUCCUCAUGUGCCAUUGUUUAGCAGCCAUUGCUAUGCAGCUGCCAGUGCUGGGUGAUGGAAUGCUUGGUGACCUCAUGGAACUCUACAAGGUGAUUGGACGAUCAGCCACAGACAAACAACAGGAACUUCUGGUGAGUUUGGCUACUGUGAUUUUUGUAGCCAGCCAGAAGGCAUUAUCUGCUGAAGUAAAGGCAGUAAUUAAGCAGCAGCUUGAAAGUGUCUCCAAUGGAUGGACUGUGUAUCGUAUUGCCAGACAGGCUUCCAGAAUGGGUAAUCAUGACAUGGCCAGAGAGCUUUAUCAAAGUUUGCUGACUCAGGUUGCCUCAGAACACUUCUACUUCUGGCUGAAUAGUUUGAAGGAGUUCUCACAUGCAGAACAAUGUCUCACCGGGUUGCAAGAAGAGAAUUAUAGUUCAGCACUUUCUUGCAUUGCUGAGUCUUUAAAAUUCUACCACAAAGGGAUUGCUUCCUUAACAGCUGCCAGUACACCACUGAAUCCUUUAAGUUUUCAGUGUGAGUUUGUAAAACUCAGGAUUGAUCUUCUACAAGCCUUCUCUCAACUUAUCUGUACUUGUAAUAGCUUGAAGACAAGCCCUCCACCUGCAAUUGCCACAACAGUUGCCAUGACCUUAGGAAAUGACCUUCAGAGGUGUGGUCGAAUCUCUAAUCAGAUGAAACAGUCCAUGGAAGAAUUCCGAAGCCUUGCUUCCAGAUAUGGUGAUCUUUAUCAGGCAUCUUUUGAUGCUGACUCAGCAACUUUGAGGAAUGUAGAACUACAGCAGCAGAGCUGUUUGCUGAUAUCUCAUGCAAUAGAAGCCCUGAUUUUGGAUCCAGAAUCAGCAAGUUUCCAGGAAUAUGGAUCUGCUGGAGCAGCCUAUGCUGAUAGUGAAUAUGAGAGAAGAAUGGUGUCUGUAUAUAAUCAUGUCUUGGAAGAGGUGGAGUCACUCAAUCGGAAAUACACCCCUGUUUCUUAUAUGCAUACAGCAUGCCUCUGCAAUGCCAUCAUUGCUUUGCUGAAAGUACCCCUUUCAUUCCAGAGAUAUUUUUUCCAGAAACUGCAGUCUACCAGCAUCAAGCUUGCUCUGUCACCAUCCCCCCGGAACCCUGCAGAGCCCAUUGCUGUACAGAAUAACCAGCAGCUGGCGCUGAAAGUAGAGGGAGUGGUUCAGCAUGGAUCUAAACCAGGACUCUUUCGCAAAAUUCAGUCUGUCUGUCUGAAUGUUUCUUCAACACUACAGAGUAAAUCCGGACAAGACUACAAGAUACCUAUUGAUAAUAUGACCAAUGAGAUGGAGCAGAGGGUUGAGCCUCAUAAUGAUUACUUCAGUACUCAGUUUCUGUUGAACUUUGCUAUCCUUGGAACACACAACAUUACAGUGGAGUCCUCAGUGAAAGACGCCAACGGCAUCGUAUGGAAGACUGGCCCCAGAACUACCAUAUUUGUCAAAUCCCUGGAAGACCCUUACUCCCAGCAGAUUCGCCUACAACAGCAGCAAGUUCAGCAGCCAUUACAACAGCAACAGCAGCAGCAGCGCAAUGCCUACACUAGGUUUUAGCAUGCUGUGAGUGUACUACAGACUUCCAAGGGAUUUAUCCAG